GUGUUAUCUGCUUCCAUUUUCCUCUCAUUAAUCCCUUUGACAUCCCGUGCAAGCGCACACAUCGCCCUCUCUUGAGAAAUACCCCGAUCCAAAAUGCAGUGAAAGCUUCAAGUCAAGCGCUCCAUGGCGCUGGAUCUCGACGAAGGCUAUGUCGCGCCGGGCCUCGCCCAAGGUCGAGGCGAGGCAUCUCUACCCAUCUUCAAUGUUGAACGAGUGCAGCUUCAGUUCAACAUCGCUUCUGACUUUGUGGCUGGCCAAGUCGCCAAUAAUGUUCUGAUCUUGGCCCUUGCCACUGGACGUAUCCUACGCAUCGACUUGGAGAGUCCUUCAGAUAUUGAUGAUGUUGACCUGCCCAAAAAGACCAGCGAGAUCGGCCUUAUCCGUCGCAUGUUCCUUGACCCCUCUGCUUCCCACCUCAUUGUCAGCACCACCUUGGGCGAAAACUUCUACCUUCACAGCCAGUCCAAGCAACCCAAAGCUCUCUCCAGAUUAAAAGGCGUUUCGAUCGAGUCAAUAGCAUGGAACCCAUCCCAGCCCACAGCAUCGACGCGGGAAAUCCUAAUAGGUGGGGCCGAUGGAAAUAUCUACGAAAUAUACAUUGAGCCAGCCUCUGAGUUCUAUCGCCGAGAAGAGAGAUAUGCUACCCAAGUAUGGAAGAUCCCAGAUGGCGCAGUCACAGGACUUUGGGCGGAAACUAUUGAUGCAAGACCUGAUGUCCGGAGGGUGAUUGUGGCAUCUCACUCGAGACUAUGUCAUUUCAUCGGCAAAACAGGAGGCAAAGGCAAGGAAGGUUCAGCUUCUAUAUAUGCCGAUUUGUUUUCCAAGGAAGCACCUGUUACUCAUGACACGGCGGGAGCAGUUGCAUCUGCACCGUCAUCAUUCUCUGUCUCACCUGAACCCAAUGACCCGGCAUCAGCACCAGAGAGAAGCUUCGGAUGGUUAUAUUCACAAGGGGUUCUGUCCGGCAAAUUGUCAACGUCACCAGUCGGCCCAAGCCUUGGGACCAAGAUCUUUAGUGACACUAAACUUCAUCCACGAUCUGUCUUCCCAGAGACUGUUUCUGCCCGAGGUGGACGGAAACUGAUUCAGGAUCCAAUUGCUGCGGCCAUUUUGUCUCAAUGGCAUGUGCUUGCACUCGCCGAGGGGCGAAUAGUUGCGGUCAACCGUCUUGAUGGUUCUCUGGUAUAUGACCAAGCCGUUUUGGAACAGGGACAGACUGCUUUGGGACUGGUGGCAGACCAGAAGAAAAAUACAUUCUGGCUUUUCACCAGUCAGGAGAUCUUUGAGAUUGUUGCCAACAAUGAAGAGCGAGACAUCUGGAAGAUUAUGCUACAAAACCAAGACUACGAUGCCGCCUUGAAGUACGCCCGUGAUGCGGCGCAAAAGGAUUCGGUAGCGACAGCAUCUGGAGAUUACCUGUCCAGCAAGGGGCAAUAUCUGGAGGCAGCCAGCGUUUGGGGAAAGAGCAGCAAAGCCUUUGAGGAAGUCUGUUUGUCUCUGAUUGAUCAUGGUCAGGACGACGCCCUGAGGUCAUAUCUGUUGGCUAAAUUGGGGUCUUACAAAAAGUCGUCAUAUAUGCAGCGGGUCAUGAUAGCAACGUGGCUGACGCAGAUAUUUAUGGCCAAACUCAAUUCGCUUGACGACAUGGUAGCCACCAAAGCAGAGUUGGUGGAGAAUACUGACGCAGGCGGGGCGAAACAAGAGCUGGAGGCCACUCGAAGAGAGUUUGAAGAAUUUGUGUCCAAGCAUAAAUCCGACCUCGACGCCAAAACAGUGUACGAGGUGAUCUCGAGCCAUGACCGAGAAGAGGAGCUUCUUUACUUUGCCAACACCAUUACCGAUUAUGAUUACGUGCUCUCGUAUUGGGUGCAGCGCGAGAGAUGGACGGAAGCUCUAUCGGUGCUUAACAAGCAGAGCAACUCGGAGACGUUUUAUCGGUACAGCAACGUCCUCAUGACCCACGUGGCCACAGGCUUUGUGGAGAUAUUGAUGAGACGGAACAAUCUUGACGCACAAAGGCUCAUCCCAGCGUUGUUGAGCUACAACGAAAACGCCAAUGUGCCGCUAUCUCAAAAUCAGGCGGUGCGUUAUCUCACUUACGUGGUGACGAAUGACUUUGAGGUACCUGCGUCGGUGCAUAACACUCUGAUCUCCAUUAUGGCGUCCCACCCGUCGCCAUUAGAAACCAUGUUACUCGGGUAUCUUGAGACCCAGCCAAUUCCACCAUUGUAUGACGCCGACUUUGCGCUUCGAUUGUGUAUUCAACACGACCGAGUCCAAUCUUGUGUGCACAUAUAUGGCAGCAUGGGGCAGUAUCAACAAGCGGUAGAACUUGCGUUGGAACACGACGACAUUGAUCUGGCGGCGAUUGUGGCAGAUCGACUCGAAGAUAAUGACCAGGUCAGGAAACGGUUGUGGUUGCUGAUCGCGGAGAAGAAAAUCAAAGAAGCAUCGUCGAUCAAGGAUGCGAUUGGUUUCUUGAAACGUUGCGAGCUCCUCAAAAUCGAAGACCUUAUUCCAUUGUUUCCGGACUUUGUGGUGAUUGACGAUUUCAAAGAGGAAAUUUGCGAGGCGCUGGAGGAAUACUCGAGACACAUUGAGGGACUGAAGCAAGAAAUGGACAUUUCACAGCACACAGCGGAGCAGAUCAAGGCGGAGAUUGCAGCGUUAGACAAUCGAUAUGCGAUUGUCGAGUCGGGAGAAAGGUGCUGGAUCUGCACGCUCCCGGUGCUGAGUCGACAAUUUUUCGUGUUCCCGUGUCAACAUGCAUUUCACAGCGACUGCCUGGGUAAGCGAGUACUAGAAAACUCGGGGAGCUCGAAACGGAAACGGAUCAAGGAUCUUCAGGGGGAAGUCAACCAGGGGCUGAGUAUGGGACCGCAACGACAGAAGCUUGUUGCGGAACUAGACGGGCUUGUUGCUGAACAAUGUGUGCUCUGUGGGGACCUGGGGAUCAAGCAAAUCGACCAACCAUUUAUCCAGGCGGGAGACGAUGCGGAAGCAUGGGCUAUAUGAGGGAAUAGGUAGGUAGAUUGGCGACAAUGAUGCCCAUGAAUUCAUUCGUCGUACCGCUUGUCUCAUACACUUAGGUGAUAGGACCAAGUUUGAUUACCGCUUCGAUCUAGAUCUUGGCUACAAGGGCCACCUACCUGUCGGACUUGUCAAGAUUAAACCUGGCAACAAAUGUAACGCGCACGCGACUGACAGGAGGAGUACGAAGGAUGCAUGCAGGAAUGCAUCCACCAUUUCAGCCUGAUGCAACGUCCACUCAUACCCAGCGCUAGUAUGUGUGUGGGAGGUGGCAGGUAGCGGAUGGUGUUCAAUUGGCCGACCAGGUCAUACACAAACGAUAUCACAUGUGGUACAAGUGUAACAAAUGUUAGUCAGCGGAUAAGGCUGGAGAGUCACGUUUGCAUGUCGGGGAACGACGCAGCCCCACUUGGAUUUGACGAUUGGGAAAGUGCAAGGGCCGGUAACUAGCUUCGUACCUUACCCAUAAUGAGACAAUCCCAU